UCAGUUGUCUUUGGUUCGUUAAACUCUGUUAACUUUGGCGAUCGACAAAAAUUCAUAAACAGACAGGCUAACUAGAUUCAGUGAACCACAAUCCAAUUUAUUUCUAAGUUAAAAUUUAUUCCGAAUCUACCGAUGCCUGCUGCUAGUUUUGGAUCCAUUUUAGCGAGUACUGUAAAAGAAGAUUGUUCCAUAAAAAAUGUCUGGAAUCAUAAUCUUCAUGAAGAGUUUCAUGUUAUUAGACAGAUCGUGCAGAAGUUUCACUGGGUGGCCAUGGAUACCGAAUUCCCGGGAGUUGUAGCAAGACCAAUCGGGGAAUUUAGAUCUACUGCCGACUAUCAAUAUCAGCUGUUGAGAUGCAAUGUUGAUCUCUUAAGAAUCAUACAGUUAGGUCUCACAUUUAUGGAUGAAAAUGGCAAAACCCCACCUGGCUGUACCACUUGGCAGUUUAAUUUCAAAUUCAACUUGCAAGAAGACAUGUAUGCGCAAGAUUCAAUAGAUCUGCUACAAAAUUCAGGUCUUCAGUUCAGAGAACAUGAAGAACACGGGAUUGAACCAUUAGAGUUUGCGGAACUUCUUAUGUCCUCAGGUAUUGUACUAAUGGACAACAUCAACUGGUUGAGUUUCCAUUCUGGUUAUGACUUUGGGUAUUUACUCAAAAUCCUAACUGAUUCAAAUCUACCACAAGAGGAAAAUGACUUCUUUGAAAGUCUACGGCUAUAUUUUCCAACUGUUUAUGAUGUGAAGUACCUAAUGAAGUUAUGCAAGAACCUGAAAGGCGGCCUGCAAGAAGUAGCUGACCAGUUGGAGCUUCGCAGAGUUGGGCCGCAACACCAGGCUGGUUCAGAUUCACAUCUCACUGGAAUGGCAUUUUUCAAAAUCAAAGAAAUUUUCUUUGAUGGCAAUAUUGAAAGCACAAGUGGUCAUCUUUAUGGACUGGGAGCACCAUUUUCCAGUAAUGUGAAUAAUUUCCAGGACAACAUGGAAAAUGGCAAUUCCCCUUGAUGAGGACUGGAUGGUGAACUACACACUGCCAUCCCAUCACCUUAUUUAGUGGAGAAACUUUAAGUAUAGCAUUUGUACCUGAUUAUGUGUAAAAGGUAGAAAAUACUGAGUGUAAACUGUGAUAUCGGUGUAGUUGCAUGCUACACAUGUAAGGACUUCUUAGUGCAUAAAAUAUUACUUCAUAAUAAUAAUAUCUCUGAGUGAUUAUUUUUCCCACAAAAUAAUAUCUGCUCAGGUUUACUCUAAAAAGUAUAUUAUAUUAUCCUAUUACUUCCUUAGACUUAGAAUUUUUCCAGUUGCUUUAAAGUCCAUAUCAAAAGCUUUUACCAGUUACUAAUCCUUAUCAAAAGCUUUUUAUUAAGUUACCAAAGCUUCUAAUCAAUGAUAUUAAUCAACUCUAGCUAUUAUAGGGAGAAUGUAUGAAAAUUACCAAGUCAAUGUGGUAAUUUUUAAUUUAAAUGUAGAAAUCUAGUUUCAGGUUAUAUUUUCAAUUUAUUAGGAUCCUUCCAAAAAUAAUGUUUAUUUGACAUGUUUCAUAAAUAUAAUGGCAUGCAUUUCAGAAAAGAAACACAACUUAGUUCUAAAAAAGCUUCAAAAGCAUUUUAGGGCAGAUCUGUUAGCAUUGUAAUUAAAUAUAAUUGCAUUUAGUGAGUAUUUCAAAAUGAAAAUAAAUAAAAAAGGCUGGUUAAAAUACCAAUUUAUACCUUUUUGAUAAUAAAACUGAAGUAACAUAUUGGCAAUACAUAUAUAUUAUUUUUACAGACUAUGUUUAAUGUUCAAAAAUUUUUACUUAAUUUCCCAGUUUCCUGUAAAACACCAAAAUUGUUUCCAAAAAAUCUAUGCCAAU